GUCAGGCUUUCACCCUAACCACGUACACAGGCUCACGAGGCUACUGGUGUUAUUUGCUCAUAGUUCGGAAGCCUACUUACAACAUUUAUCCGAGAAAAUCAAAUUACAUAUAAGUUAUAUUUGGUAAAUAUGGAGCUGACGAAUAAGGUAGUCCUUGUGACUGGAGGUGCCCAGGGGUUAGGUAAAGCUAUAUGUGAGAGCUUCUUGGAGCGAAAGAACAAGGUUUGUAUAGCAGAUGUUAACAAUGAUAAAGGAUUGAAAACUGUUGAAAACUUGAACUCCAGAUUUGGUGCAGGCAGCGCUAUCUAUACUUCUUGUGAUGUUAGUAAAGAAUCUGACUUCCAAGACUUGUUUGAACGCACCAUAUCCAUCUUUGGACGAGUGGACAUUUUGGUGAAUAACGCUGGGAUUGGAGGAGAAAACAAUUGGAGAAAGGUCGUUGAAGUGGACCUGAUGGGUGUUAUCUCUGGUACAAAACUGGCCUUUAAGUUUAUGGGAACAGAGAAUGGAGGAGUUGGUGGCGCUGUGGUCAAUAUAGCCUCAACAGCAGGACUAGUUCCAGUACCCUUAGGACCAAUAUACUGUGCCUGUAAGCAUGGCGUUGUCAGCUACACACGGAGUGUGGGGACUGAACUGCAUUAUACAAAGUCAGGAGUUACCGUUAGUGCCAUCUGUCCAUCAUUUAUCGAUACAGAAAUGACCCGUCAGAUGGAGAAUUUGUCAAUAUUUCAACAAGAGACCAAGAAAUUUAAAGAAUCGUUACAGCUCAUGGAACCUUCUUACGUUGCUGAGGCAGUAAUCUAUCUUUUAGAGACCAAGAAGAUAAAUGGUGCAGUUUUAAAGGUUACAAAAGAAGGCGGGUAUCAGUAUGUAUUGUAAGGGUUAUUAAAUAAAAUAUCAAAAACAAAAGA